AUGGAUCAAGAAACCCUGAAAAAGCUUAAACCCUCUUUGAACUACUCUCUUUCUUUCCCUCUCACUUCUCUCCCUCUUUCCCCUUCUUCUUCUUCUCCUCUCCUUUCCUCUUCCCUCACUUCACCAUCAACCAAACAAGUCCCUAAAACAAACCUAAAAGCUUACAGAUCUUCUUUCAAGUAUACAAUGGCUUUGAUCGUUUCUCUUCCUAUAGGGACCCCACCACAGACCAAACAGAUGGUUUUAGAUACCGGAAGCCAGUUAUCGUGGGUCCAAUGCAACAAGAAAUCAACGGUCACAAAACCUCAAACCAAUCUUCCUCCACCGUCUUCCUUCGAUCCUUCUCGUUCCUCCACUUUCUCUGUUCUUCCCUGUAACCACCCAAUCUGCAAACCACAAAUUCCCGAUUUUACCCUCCCAACUUCCUGCGACCAAAACCGUCUCUGCCACUACUCUUACUUCUACGCCGACGGAACUUUAGCUGAGGGUAAUCUCGUCCGAGAAAAAAUAGCGUUUUCAAGCUGUCAAACCACUCCUCCUUUAAUCCUUGGUUGUGCUCGGGAAUCUACAGAUGCUUCCACGGAGGGAAUCUUGGGAAUGAAUCUCGGCCGGCUCUCCUUUGCUGCACAAGCCAAGAUUUCCAAGUUCUCUUAUUGCGUUCCGGUUCGACCGAACCGGAUGGUGGCGUCGCCUCCAGUUGGGUCUUUCUAUCUCGGAGAGAAUCCAAGCUCCGGUGGUUUUCGGUAUGUUGACUUGUUGACCUUUGAUCGGAGUCAAAGUCAACGGAUGCCGAAUUUCGAUCCAUUGGCGUAUACGGUAGGGAUGGAAGGGAUACGGAUUGGAAUGAACCGGUUGGAUAUUCCCCGGUCCGUUUUUAGACCGGAUGCUGGUGGUGCUGGUCAGACGAUGAUAGAUUCCGGCACGGAGUUCACGUUCUUGGUGGAAGCUGCGUAUGUUAAGGUGAAGGAAGAGAUCAUGAGGUUGGUGGGGUCCAGAGUGAAGAAGGGAUUCGUUUACGGACAAGCAUUGGAUCUAUGCUUUGAUGGGGAUGCAGCAGAGAUCGGACGGUUGAUAGGGGACGUAGUGUUGGAGUUUGAGAAAGGGGUUGAGACUGUGGUGGGUAAGGAUAGGGUAUUGGCUGAUGUAGGUAGUGGGGUCCACUGCUUGAGCAUCGGACGGUCAGAUUUACUAGGAGUGGAAAGUAAUAUAAUUGGGAAUGUUCAUCAGCAGAACUUAUGGGUAGAGUUUGACCUAACCAAUCGUAGAGUUGGGUUCGGAAUAACAGAUUGUAGCAGAUCGGCAUAAGAUCUUUAAUUCUAAUCGGACGGUGUAUAUUAUAUAUAU